AUAAAUAAUCAAUUAAUGAAUCAUCAACAAUUCAAAUUUUGGAUUAUUGUGAGUUCAAUCAGUUGAUAAUAAUGUGUUCAAUUUUAUGAGGAAAUAUAAAUAUUUAUCAACUGUUAUCUGUUAUACUUAAUACGCUACAAGUAAUAAUCAAGGUGAAAAGUCUAACUUGGAAUGAAGCAGAAUUAACAAGAAGAAUAAAAAGAAGCAGAGAAUAUGUUUCUUGUGACGAUUAACGAAUUAACUUGGAAUUUAAAGAUUAUAAAAGUUUGACAAAAUUGCGAAUCUUGUAUUAAAAAAUUAACUUUCCCACUCAAGUGUGUGUGUGUUUGUGUUUAAAAAAAGCAUCCAAGUAUAAUAACAUGAAGAAACAUGAAUGGAAGAAAAUUAAUGCGAUUGACAAAAGGUGAGUCAAAUGAUAAUUCCAGGUUACCUAAUGUUAAUCAAUACCAUGGGCUAUACAGUAUACCUUCAACCGGACCAUCAACAUUACAACCUUCAAAAUCAGGUCAACAGCAACACCAUGUGCCGUCAAUUGUCUAUCAACAUCAACAAGUGAAACAAGAUGUUCAUCGUCAUGCCUUCCCUUCAGUCAGUCCUUUACACUCUCAUCCUUUACCUUCACCUCAACCAAUGCAACAACCUUUAUCAUCACCACAGCCACCGGCCUCUUCGCGUUCAUCCUACUCUCAUCGAAGCUCACCUCAACGCAUAUCUCCAGCCGCCUCGUCGACCCUCUCUACACCCUGUUUACCUCCACCUCCUCCACCACCAGCUCCACCAUUACCGUCAUCACAUUUCAGAUCAACUGGCCAGUUCUCAACGGCAACUUUAACUUCAUAUUUAGAUGAUCCAAAAGGAUUAAUGAGAAUGAACAAUGUUGAGCAAACCUUGACUUCAACCGGUGUCAUUUGUAAUCCUUCCGAUGAGGUUAUACGCAGGUUAACCCUUCGAGUUCAUGAUCUCGAAUUUGAACUUCGUCAGGCUUGGAGUACAGUUGAUCUUCUUUCGAGUGAGUACAUCUCAAUGUGGGAGAAGCUUGAACGAUUGGAGGAAAUUUUGCAUCAACAGCAAAAUGUCAUCUCACAAUUGUUGGUUGUUAUUCAGGAAAGUUGUGUGCUCACACCCGAGAUAACAUCAAACCUGCAACUUGGCUUAUCGUCCCAAUCAACUGCCCAAAAGAGUGAAGAAUCUAGUUUGAGACCAAAUAUCGCUUCUCGUGAUGAACUGCGCAAUGAUUUGAACUGGCUUGAUGCAGACGUUGAACUUGACUUGGAUUUGGAAAGACGAAUCCAGGAAACAAUUUCAAUGGCUGAUGAAGAUUAUGCUCACAGUUUAGCGACUCCAACUACAUUUCCCUAUUUAACUGGAUCUGGGUCGAAUGUUAAUUUGCUUAAUGAAAGUUCAUCAAUAAAUUGCUCAACUCAUCCCCUGCAAGGGUGGACUCGAGUGGGUAUAACAAAUACUCGUGGCCUUCUUGAACAAUUAGAAUCAUCAUUUGAUUCACCACUUGGUGGUGGAUUGGCAAGUCCAGAUUCAUCUUCAUCAGAGGAGUUUCCACUUGAUGAUGAACCUGGUUCAUCCUCACCACCUCCUCCCGAGCCAACAAUAGGAUCAUCCCACCAAUAUUCAUCAUUAUCAUCCCUUCAAAUUGAACCUCUUCAACACCUUCAUCCUCAUCAUUCUUUAACAGUUUCACCAUUGCCUUCACAAACGUCACUUUCAAUACUCAAUAAUAGUAAUAAUAUUAAAAGCAUUAAUAAUAAUCAAGUGCGCCUUUCACCGACUCUAUCAACUGACCAACCCUUUCACUUGCCACCACCUCCAGCCAACUCUCCUGCUCUAUCAGCAUCAGCCACAAUUGAAUCGCAAUUGAAUUUGGGACAACAUUUACCCUCAAAAUUGGAUCCUCUGAAAACAACUGAUCAACAAUUGGUGGCAGCAGCGGCUGCCCUUGGAAAUGGCUCUGAGCCGAAGAAAAGUUCAAGCAAACGUCAACGUGGUUUAAAACGAUGGACAGAUUCAGAAGAAUCUUCAGUAUUAUCUCAAUUAAUGAAACACCGAUCAAAUGAACCUUCAGCUUCUUGCUCUACCAGUAAUGCAUCUACAGUUGAAUAUAAACUAAACUCACGACAACUGCGAAACUUGACUCGUCGUGAGCGUUUAUUAUAUCACAAUGAUAUCUUUACUUCGUCCGAUUAUCUGAAUUAUCGUGAAGGAGCGAACACGCCUUUCAUCACUGAAACCGACAUCAAUGCUCUCAAUGAUGCAGCAGUUCAUUUGGCUUCAGAUUCCACCUACCAAAUUCCCAAACGAGUCUAUAACCUUUCUGGCCUGAGAAUGGGUCGAAGAGCAUCGAGUGGAGCAAGCAGUUUAAGUGAUGUUGCUGAUGAAAGUGAAAAUGAAAGGCAGGAGGAUGUGAAAGAUGAAGAUGGCGAUGCUGAUGAUGAUGCUGACGAACCUGGUGAAGAUGAUGAUUCAGAAAGAGAAUCAGAUAAACCCAACUCAACUGAAAUUUGGCUGAAAGAUUGUUUUGCCAAAGAUGGAAGAGCUGUUUUGAUAAAGAAUAAUGGUGAAAAUAAAAUUGAAAAUUUGAAUGGAAAGGUUAAUGAGAUUGAAAUUAUGAAAAAAGAAUCUUCUCCUGAAGCAACCAAAUUAACUAAAUUUGAUCAAUUUGCUCAAAAAAUUGAAACCAUCCAAUAUUCAUCUUCCUCCCUGUCAUCACCUCAACCAGCAAUAGCAUCAUGUUCAUCAUCACCCUCAUCAACCAGUAAAACAAUCUCAUCGACAAAAGUUGAAAAAACGGAUGAAACAAAUUUACAAGUUCCUUUAAUUUCAAAUUCAAGUUGUCAACAGUUUACAUCUUCCGUGACAACCAUUUCAGGUUUAACCAAACCUAAUCGUGUUCAACCAGUUAAAACACAGGAAAGCUUAACCUUUACAAACAAAUCAUCUGCAUCCUCUUCAUCACCCUCAUCAUCCACUUUAACAACAGACUCGAGAUUAAUUUCAACUGGAGCAUCUUUAAUUUCACGGAAAGAAAGUUUAAAACGUCAGGCGGAAAAAAAGAGAAUGAAAUAUGAAGGAAAAGAUGAAUUUUCUUCUUCUUAUUUUGAAACAUUCGAUCGAGACAGUUUCGAUGAAGAUGAUGGAAAUGAUAAAGAUGAACCUUUCAAGUCUGUUGAGAAUUUCAACAAAAUUGUGAAUCAAGAAAAAAGAGAGUUUAAAAGUGAAGCAAAAUUAAAAGCGAAAGAUGAAGACGAUGCUUGGAGGGAUAAAAAUAUUGUAAAUAAUUUAUCCUCUAAUGAUAGAACGUCAAACUCGAUGAGUAAUGUUUGGAUGCAAAAUAAAGAUUGGAAUGCUCUGGAUGGAGAUAAUGUUAGAGAUGAUAAUUUAGUAUUAAAAGAUUCUAAGUCAACAAAUGAUGCUCAAAUGGACGAUAAACAAAGAGAUGUUGGUGAUUCUAAAAAUUCAAAAAGUGAGACUCAAAAAAGUGAUCCUUUCAUGAAAAUGUUUAGUAAUAAGGAAAAGCCAAAAGAAGCAGAUUAUGUUGACCAAAUUGAUGUUAAGCAUAAGACGAAUGAAUUGAUCCAAAAUGAAGGUAACUCAGACUCGAGGAAUGAUGAGACUAAAGGAAAGGUUAAAACAAGUCUAAGGAUAAACAUUGAUGGUAACAAUGCUGAUCGAUCAUCAUUAACACCUUCAUCACCUAAAUUACUUUCGACAACUGAUCAACAACAACAAAUGGGUGAUGAACAAAAUAGAUCGCUGAUUCUUUUACAACGAACUCCUAGUGGGAAAAGAAAGUUACCUUCAGUUCCACCUUCACCUUCACUUGUAAAAUCGAGUGAACCAUUUGAACAGAAUUUACCAAAUACUCAGGUUACAUCUGAAUUUACUCGGGUUGAGGAAAGUGUCACUCAUGCACAAUCAGGUGAUCAAGAGAUGAAUUCAACUAUUUGUUCAAAAGUGCCAAUUGUAGGUAAACAAGUAGCCAAUGAAAACAAAAAUGAUUCAAAUGUAGCAUAUUCAUCAUCAUCCAUGACUGGUACAUAUUAUCAACCUCCAACUUCAGUUUCUGCAUCAUCUUCACCUCACCACCAACAACAGAAACCUCAUGAAUCGGUUCACUCAACGUCCAGCCAACCAGUUAAUGUUCAUCGACGAGUUCCUUCAGUUGGUGAAAGUCAAGGUCUAUUUUCAAGUUUAUCCAACAGUGUCUCUCGUGGAUAUCAAAGUGUAAUCAAUAUGCCAUCCAUGUUGAAACGAGAUUCACGGGAAAACUUGUUGAAUAACUCUGCCACUAAACCCGGUGAUUUAUCAGGUCAACAGUCAAACGCAUCAUCUGCCAGUUCACUGGCGGCAGGAGAUGGCUUUGCUCGUAAAAGCUCUUCAGUAAUAUCAGGCUUUUUCACUAGCUUUGGACGUCGAUCACCCGCUUCAGCCUCUUUAUCCUCAUCGAUUGCAGCAAAAGAAACAGGUAUUGAUAGAUCCAUGAGUGUUCAAACGGAUGAAGGCAGAGGUAAACACGGCAUACAACCUCACCAGUUGUCACUGCCAGAGUUGAGUGUUGAAGUCACUGAAACACCUGAGAAGGGUUCAUCUGAUGUUUAUCCAUCGGGACAACAACAAAAGCCGAACAGUUUAUCUCCUCUAUCACCUAGAACUGGGUCAGGAAGGAGACGAAAAUUGCCUCAAAUUGAUCGACAGCAAAGCAUUCAAUCUCUACCUGACGAAUCGUCAAUCGAUGCAGUUGACAAAGUAGCAAGUGAAAAUUCAUAUGAAGAAACCAUUUCGUCAGCCAACCUCCGUGCAGCUCAUCGAAUCUCAUCUGGUUCUAAUAGUGCUCAUCGAUCAGGUCAAUAUUUGACGCCCUCAAGUGGUAAAAGAGGAGGCAUGAAUCGAGAAGACAGUAGCCAUGGUCAAGUAAAUGGUCAGUCUGGUCAUUCAUUAGAGAAAAGCAUGUCGGAAGAGUCAAACUUUUUCUCCUGUGUUUCAGGUGAUUCCAGGCAGAGUUCAUUUUUCCAAUCAGAAUAUGGUUCAAUGGAAUCGGCUGAACCAGAAACAGAAGGUGGAACAACCCGAACAACUGGUGGUUCAAGUCGUCGAGGCAGAAGCUCAAGCAGUGGCAUUGGAGGUGCUAAUGAUGAUGAUUCAGCCUUUUGUAGUGCCAAUGACGACCAUAGAAACAGUUUAACAGCCGAUGAAACAGAUCAACAAUCGUUGACAUCAAACACUUCACCUUUACCAGGCACUGGAUUGAUUGAUUCAAUCAAUGAAUCAAAGCAAAACAACAGUCAACUAGCAACAACACCAACAACACUCGCUCCUUCAUCACCUAAACUCACCAAUGAAACGGAUUCUAAUAACAGCAAUAACAAUGCAACAGCUCGAUCAGUUGUUGGAUUCAUGUGGGAAGACAAACGAGACUCAAUUAGUUCAACAUCUUCAGGUGGUGGAGGCUUCCAGAAUAGAUUUGCAUCAAUCAUGAAACAGAAGGUUGAAGAGCGACGUCAGGCAAUUGUUGUUGUUCCCAAUUCUGGUGGUGUAGUGAGUGAGGUCAAGUACGAAGAGGAAGAAGCCGCAGGAAAAAGAAGUGUUCAAAGAGAAGUACAAGUUUCAAGGGUUACAGGUAAAGAGGCGAGUAUUGAUGAGAGUACAUUAAGUGAUGAUUCUAAGGCAUCUUCAAAGACCAAAUGGAUGGCUGCUGUGAGCGGUGCUAGACAAGGUAGUGGUGAUGGCGUCAAAAGCCUGUGGCCAAGAGGAGGGGAUAAUCCUUUCUUUAGUGCCAUUGAUGCCAUGCCUGAUAUACGACCUCGGAAAAAGUCCAUUCCAUUGGUCAGUGAAUUGGUUCUCAAAACAAUGGCCGCUACCAAACGAAGUGCUGGAUUGGCCUCAGCUGUGCCAAGAGCAUCUCUUAAUGAUGAAGAAUUGAAAAUGCAUGUUUAUAAGAAAACUUUACAAGCCUUAAUCUAUCCAAUAUCAAGUACAACUCCACACAACUUUCAACCCUGGACUGCAACUAGUCCAACAUAUUGUUACGAAUGUGAAGGACUUUUAUGGGGAAUCGCAAGGCAAGGAGUUAGAUGUACAGAGUGUGGAGUGAAAUGCCAUGAGAAAUGUAAAGAUUUGCUCAAUGCUGACUGCUUACAACGUGCUGCUGAGAAAAGUUCAAAACAUGGUGCUGAAGAUAAAGCCAACAGCAUAAUAUUAGCCAUGAAAGAAAGGAUGAAAACUCGUGAAAGAGAUAAACCAGAAAUAUUUGAAAUGAUAAGGAAUGUGUUCAAUGUCGAUGAAAAGAGUCACGGUGGUCACAUGAAAGCUGUCCAUCAAAGUGUCCUCGAUGGAACAUCCAAAUGGUCCUGUAAAAUAGCCAUAACCGUGAUUUGUGCCCAAGGAUUAAUUGCAAAGGAUAAAAGUGGAACUUCUGAUCCUUAUGUAACGGUUCAGGUGGGAAAAGUGAAAAAGCGUACUCGAACCAUGCCUCAAGAUCUGAAUCCAGUUUGGAAUGAAAAGUUUUACUUUGAAUGUCACAAUUCUUCCGAUCGAAUCAAAGUUCGUGUAUGGGACGAAGAUAAUGAUCUUAAAUCAAAGUUACGUCAAAAAUUGACUCGAGAAUCGGACGAUUUUUUGGGUCAAACAAUCAUUGAGGUACGAACUCUUUCAGGUGAAAUGGAUGUUUGGUACAAUCUGGAAAAGCGAACCGAUAAAUCCGCAGUCUCUGGAGCCAUCAGACUUCACAUUAGUGUUGAAAUCAAGGGUGAAGAAAAAGUCGCCCCUUAUCAUGUUCAAUAUACUUGUUUACACGAGAAUAUUUUUCACCAUCUUUGUGAGAAAGUUAAUCAAGGGGUUGUCAAAAUUCCAGAAGCCAAAGGGGAUGACAGUUGGAAGAUUUAUUUUGAUUAUCCUGGUCAAGAAAUUGUUGAUGAAUUUGCUAUGCGAUAUGGAAUUGAAGUGAUUUAUGGUGCAAUGACGCACUUCCAUUGUCUUUCCACAAAAUACCUUUGCCAAGGAGUUCCAGCCGUGAUGAGCACUCUUUUGGCAAAUAUUAACGCUUACUAUGCACAUACAGCAGCUACCUCAGCAGUCUCAGCCAGUGACAGAUUUGCAGCCUCCAAUUUCGGGAAAGAAAAAUUUGUCAAACUUUUGGAUCAACUUCACAACUCACUACGAAUUGAUCUUUCCAUGUACAGGAAUAAUUUUCCAGCCUCAAGUCCAGAGAAACUUCAAGAUCUUAAAUCAACCGUUGAUUUACUAACCAGUAUAACCUUUUUCCGAAUGAAAGUCCAAGAACUUUCAAGUCCACCUCGAGCCAGUACAGUGGUUAAAGAUUGUGCCAAAGCGUGUUUAAGGUCAACUUAUCAAUUCCUAUUCGACAAUUGCACCGAACUUUAUGCUCGCGAAUUUCAGGUUGACCCUAAAAAGGACGAUUCCAAUGAUGAGCCCGGGCCAAGUUUGAAGAACCUUGACUUUUGGCAUAAAUUAAUUGCUUUGAUGGUUUCAGUUAUUGAAGAAGAUCGCAAUUCUUAUGCUCCAGUUCUUAACCAAUUUCCUCAAGAAUUGAAUAUUGGUCAUCUUAGUGCGGCCACAAUGUGGAGUUUGUUUGCGUCUGAUAUGAAAUUUGCUCUAGAGGAACACGAACAACAUCGAUGCUGUCGAAGCUCAGCUUAUAUGAAUUUACAUUUUAAGGUUAAAUGGUUUUAUAAUACUUAUUGUAAAGAUGUACCUCAAUUUAAGGGACAAGUUCCAGAAUAUCCUGCCUGGUUUGAACCUUUUGUUAUGCAAUGGCUCAAUGAGAAUGAUGAUGUCUCUCUUGAAUAUUUACGAAGUGCCUUUGAACGGGACAAAAAGGAUGGGUUUCAACAAAGCUCUGAACAUUCUCUCUUCUCUAACUCGGUGGUCGAUGUUUUCACCCAAUUAACUCAAUGUUUUGAUGUCAUCAGUAAACUCGAAUGUCCCGAUCCUGAGAUUGUUAAAAGAUAUCUUAAACGAUUUGCCAAAACAAUUGUUAAGGUGUUAACUGCCUAUGCUGAGAUACUGAAAAAAGAGUUUCCAAAUUACGUUAAACAAGAAAAAACGUCAUGUAUAUUGAUGAACAAUAUUCAACAAUUAAGGGUUCAAUUGGAGAAGAUGUUUGAAUCAAUGGGCGGUGAAAAGCUGGAAGCUGAUGCUGCUAAUAUCUUGAAGGAUCUUCAACAAUCAUUGAAUGGAGUUCUUGACGAGUUAAGUGCUGUAUUUGCAAAAAGUCUUGAACCAACAAUUAAACAAAGUGUCCAAGAAUUGAGUGGUCUAUUGGCUCAAGUUAAAGGAUCCGGAUCAGCUCAAAAUAAAGCGGCUCUUCGUAACCAACAAGAUGUUGCUGCUGAAGCAGAUCAUAUAUUGGCGCCAUUAAUGGAUCUUCUUGAUGGCAAAUUAAGCCUUUUCGCCCAAUACUGUGAAAGAACAGUCCUUAAACGUCUUCUUAAAGAACUUUGGAAAAUUGUUAUCCAUACUCUAGAAAAAACAAUCGUUCUUCCUCCCGUUUCCGAGAAAAAUGUUUUACUUCAAAAUCUACCCAAUGCCAAGAUUGAAGAUGUUUCAAGACUUUUCAGGAAUCAUGUAACUGCCAAUAAACUACCUACCUUAAGUGUAAUGGAGCUUCCACUGCAAUUUGAAAAGAACCUCACUCCACGACAAUGUGCUAUUCUCGAUGUCGCUUUGGAAACGAUUAAACAAUAUUUCCAUGCUGGUGGAAAUGGUUUGAAGAAAACUUUCUUAGAGAAAAGUCCUGAACUUCAGUCACUACGAUAUGCCUUAUCAUUGUAUACUCAAACAACUGAUACUCUUCUUAAAACAUUUGUUACUAGUCAAACUCAACAAGAUCUACCUACUCGAGAGGAAGGACCCGUCGGGGAUAUACAAUUACAAGUCGAUCUAUUUACUCAUCCAGGAACGGGAGAGCACAAAGUCACUGUGAAAAUUUUGGCAUGCAAUGAACUUCGUUGGCCUAAUCCAAGUGGAUUCAAACCUUUUGUUGAAGUAAAUCUGAUUGGACCUCAUCUUGGCGAUAAGAAGCGAAAAUUUGCCACCAAGACUAAGAGCAAUACUCUCAGCCCUAAAUUUAACGAAACAUUCACAUUCAUGAUUGGAAAUGAAGAUGAGCCUUUAUCAUUUGAACUUCAUGUUGCCGUAAAGGAUUAUUGUUUUGCUCGAGAAGAUCGACUUGUUGGUGUGGCAAUCAUGCAAUUAGCUGAUAUUGUUGAACAAGGAAGCUGCAAUUGUUGGUUACCUUUGGGCCGACGUGUUCAAAUGGAUGAAACUGGCUGGACAAUACUUCGUAUUUUAUCUCAACGAACCAAUGAUGAAGUUGCAAAGGAGUUUGUUAAAUUAAAAUCUGAUGUUCGUAAUGAUUCGUCCAUUCAACAGCAAUAAGAUUAACUUCAAGAUCACAGAGAAUCCAGUCGGCUUUAAUCAUUUAAUAAAGGAUUUAAUGAUUAUUACUUUUCAAAAGACAGAGAUUAGGAAAAGAAAAGUAAAACAGUUUGACAAUUUGCACUAACAUCAAUUUUUUUAUAUUAUUCAAUUUCAAAGAAGCUUUUGAGUUUUCUAUUUAGGAAUCUAUCAAUUUUACUUUUGAUUGUCUUAUUUUUUCUCUUCGCUUUCCAUUUCAAGUUUCUUGAACGAACAGCAAUUAGGAAAAUUUUUAUUGUUAAGAGUAUAAGCUUAAACAAAAAAUAUCAUUCCAAGUGAUAAAUUUUUAUCAUCUCGAUUUGAAUUGCCUUAGUUUUUCAUCACUCUUAUAUCUUCUAUUACAAUUAUUAUUUAUACCUUGUGUUGUUGUUGUUGUUUUGCUUUUUGAAUGACACAAAACCACAAACCACAUUUUUUGCGAAUAGCUGAUUCAAAGAAUCAAUCCUUUUUGAUUUGUCUCUUGAUCAUGAAAAAUCAAGAUUGUGACUCUCACAAGUUCUGGUUUAACCAGAAUCUGCAAAAAACAAAUACACAAAACAAAGCAAUAAAAGAUCAACUGGAAAUGAAGAGCAAAAAGAUUCAUCAAAAGCCGUUUUUUUAAAUCAGCACAUUGAUUAACUUUACACACUACAAUAGUAACUUUAAAAAAUACUAAACAAACUGAGAAGCAACAAAGCAAAACUUACAACGGACCAAAGCAUUUGACUUUUUUAAUUAUAAAUUAUCCUCGUUUCUUUUGUUAUUAUCAUUGUUUAUUAUUAAAAUUGUAUUAUGUAUGUAUGAUUACUAAUGAUUUUGUCAUCAAUUAUCACAUGAAACAAGCAAACUGUCCAAAGCCUAAUAAGAUUGUCGCUUUUGUUCGAUCAACUUUUAUUUUUGUAUUAUCAUGAGUAAUUAUUGACAAUUAAUUGAGACGAAUAAAACAACUUGCUCUUGACUGUUUAUAAAACAA